UCCUAGACGUCUGGAAAUACAGAUGGCCAUCACUUCCGGAUUUACAGUACGCACGUGAGACAGUUAGAAACACGUUUGUUUUGCAACUAUUUUAUUUAUCCAGAUGAGUUAACAAAGGCCAUUCAUUAACUGACUGGAAAUCAAGUCGUUGGAAGCAGAUAUCUCACAGAUAGGAGAAGAUGGAGGGGAAGGAGCCAAAGAAGGAACAGAAGCGGCACCAGCAGAAGCACAGCGGGCCCAAGGCGGAGAGGAAGAAGACCAGGAAGCAGCUGGGAACUCCUGCCGGAGAUGACGAGCGCAAGAGGAACCCCAAAGCGUUUGCGGUCCAGUCAGCAGUGCGCAUGGCCAAAACCUUCCACAGAGCCCAGGACCUAAAGGCCAAGAAACAUCACAUACCCCUGGUGGACCGCACCCCUUUAGAGCCUCCCCCGAUAGUGGUGGUGGUGGUAGGACCCCCCAAGGUGGGCAAGAGUACCCUCAUCCGCUGCCUGAUCAAAAACUUCACCCGGCAGAAACUAGCGGACAUCUGCGGGCCUGUGACCAUUGUCUCUGGAAAGAAGAGGCGUCUUACCUUCAUUGAGUGUAGCAAUGACAUCAACACAAUGAUUGACUUGGCAAAGGUUGCUGACCUGGUGCUGAUGCUCAUUGACGCCAGCUUCGGCUUUGAAAUGGAGACCUUUGAGUUCCUUAACAUCUGCCAGGUGCACGGCUUCCCGCGCAUCAUGGGCGUGCUCACCCACCUGGACUCGUUCCGCAACAACAAGGCCCUUCGCAAGACCAAGAAGCGGCUCAAGCAUCGCUUCUGGACUGAGGUCUACCAGGGUGCCAAACUCUUCUACCUGUCCGGUAUGGUGUACGGAGAGUACCAGACCCAGGAGGUCAAGAACCUGGGCCGCUUCAUCUCCGUCAUGAAGUUCCGCCCGCUGGUGUGGCAGCAAUCUCAUCCCUACGUCGUGGCCGACCGCAUGGAGGAUUUGACGGACCCCGAGAUGGUGAGGGUGGACCCCAAGUGUGAUCGUACUGUAUCUCUCUAUGGUUAUCUGAGGGGGACAUACUUGAAGAAUAAAGGCCAGGUCCAUAUCCCUGGUGUGGGGGACUUUGCGGUGGCAGACAUCAGCUUCCUGCCAGACCCCUGUGCUCUGCCUGAAGCUCAGAAGAAGAGGGCGCUGAACGAGAAGGAGCGGCUGCUCUACGCUCCCAUGGCAGGGGUCGGGGGGGUCGUGUACGAUAAGGACGCAGUGUACAUCGAUCUGCCCGGCGGCCACGUCAAUCAAGAACAGGAGGAGGUCCGUCCCACCACAGAGUUGGUCCAAUCCCUCAUCAGUACACACACCACCCUGGAUGCCAAGAUGGCCGCCAGCAAAGUGUCACUGUUCACAGGGGCGGCUGCCCUGACCCCCGGGGAAGUGGAGGAGGAGGAGGAGGAGAAUGGGCUGACGUCAGGACCCCAGGAGAGCCGCGUCUGGGACCCUGAGACCCAGAGAGAGAGGAGGAAGGCUGUCUUCACUGAAGAGGAAGAUGAUGACGAUGAUGACAGCGAGGGUAGCAGUGAAGAAGAGGGGGAUGAGGAAGGAGAGUCUGAAGAAGAGGAUGAGGAAGAUGAGGGGGGAAACAAAAGAGAAGAAGAAGAAGAAACGGUUUUGAAGAACAAGGCAAAGAACAAAACUGAACCAAAAGAGAAGCAAGGAAUAAAGACCAUCCCUCCGGCGAAGAGACAGAAGAUGGAGGAAAGGAAAGUGGAGAAAGAGCCAGUGGUGGAGGUACCUGCCUUUGCAGACAGUGAGGAUGAGCUGGAAAUGAGUGAGGAGGAGGAAGGGGGGAAGGGAGAGCAGGAGAGUGAAGGAGAGGAAAGCGAUUCUGAGGGGGAAGAAGAUGAAGAAGAGAGUGAAGUGGAAAAGGGUGAUCUCAAACCGAUAGACUCUGGUCAUUGCUCGGAGGAGGAGGAUGCGAGUGAUUCAAUAGAAGAUGACUGUGAAACCAAUGUCUCUGGCAAAGAAGGCAAGAAGUCUUCCAAAAUGGAAGAGGAAGAUGAGGAGAUGGAGGGAGGAGAGCUGUGCUAUGAAAGUGCAGGGUCACUGCGGUGGAAGGAGGGCCUGCAACAGAAAGCGUCGGAGGCGUUUCUACGGCAACAGCGAGCGGCCCCCAACCUGCGUAAACUGGUGUAUGGCACAGUGGCAGAGGAUGAUGAUGAUGGGGGGGAGGAUGAGGAGGAGCUGGGAGGUCUGUUUCGAGUCAGCCGCCCCGAGAAGGGCAAGAAGCAUCGUGCGGACGGUGUGGACUGCUCCCGUUUUGACCCCGAUGCUGCUCGCAAUUGGGACCUGGAAGAGAUGCUGGACUCGAUACGGGACUGUUUUGUUACAGGGAAAUGGGAAGACGAUCAAGAUGCUGCUACAUUGCUGAAAGAGGAUGAGGAGCUGUAUGGCGAAUUUGAGGACUUGGAGACGGGGGAAGUGCACAAGGGGAAAGCUGCCAAGCAGAAGGACCAAGCCAAGGAAGAAAGUGAUGAUGAUGAGGAGGGGGAGGAGGAGGAGAAGCUGAUGAAGGUGGACGACGAGACCCAGAAGAACAAGCGUCUGGAGAAGAAACGGCGUCUGAAGGAGCGUUUCGACACAGAGUACGACGACGGAGACGCCACCUACUUUGACGACCUCAAGGAGGAGAUGCAAAAACAGGCAGAGCUGAACCGGGCUGAGUUUGAGGACGUGGAUGAUGAGACACGGGUCCAGUACGAGGGCUUCCGGCCUGGCAUGUAUGUGCGUGUGGAGAUUCCCUCCCUGCCCUGUGAAUUUGUCACCAACUUUGACCCCCACUACCCCAUCAUCCUCGGGGCUCUAGGUGCCAGCGAGGGGAACGUAGGCUACCUGCAGAUGCGGUUAAAGAAACAUCGAUGGCACAGCCGGAUCCUGAAAACGCGUGACCCUCUCAUCCUGUCCCUGGGCUGGCGUCGCUUCCAGACCAUCCCCCUGUACCACAUCGAGGACCACAACGGGCGCCACCGCCUGCUCAAGUACACACCGCAGCACAUGCACUGUGGUGCCACCAUCUGGGGUCCCAUCACACCUCAGGGUACUGGCUUCCUGGCUGUGCAGUCAGUCGCAGGAACUAAGACCAGUUUCCGCAUCGCAGCUACAGGAGUCGUCCUUGACCUGGACAAAUCUGUGACCAUAGUCAAAAAGCUCAAGCUGAUUGGCUACCCAUACAAGAUCUACAAGAACACAUCAUUCAUCAAGGGGAUGUUCAACACCGUGCUGGAGGUGGCGAAAUUUGAAGGGGGCUCCAUCCGAACAGUCAGUGGGGUCAGAGGUCAAAUUAAGAAGGCCUUGUCAACGCCGGCGGGAGCCUACAGAGCCACGUUCGAAGACAGGCUGCUGAUGAGUGACAUUGUGUUCCUGCGCUCCUGGUACCCGGUGUCAGUCCCUCAGCUCUACAACCCCGUGACCUCCCUGCUGAUGCCAGCGGGCCAGAAGGACAGUUGGUCGGGCAUGAGGACAGUGGGCCAGCUCAAACACGACCUGGGGGUCCGCAACAAGCCCAACACAGACUCACUGUACAAGCCGGUAGUGCGAGCGCAGCGCCACUUCAACAAGCUGCACAUCCCCAGGGAGCUGCAGAAGGCAUUGCCCUUCAAGAGCAAGCCCAAACAGGACCAGCCCAAGGGCAAGACGCCCAAGGACCUCCAGAGGCCCGCUGUCAUACGGGAGCCCCACGAGAGGAAGGUGGCGGCGCUGCUCAAUGCACUGAGCGCAGUGCACAACUACAAGAGCAAGAAAGCGCACACGGCGCAGCAUGCUAAGCACAAGGGCUUCCUGCGGCAGCGGGACAAGGCGGAGGAGGACAAGCUCAAGAGGCAGAAGGAGGCAAAGAAGAAGCUUUACCGUAUGAUGGGCCAGAAGGAGAAGAAGAGUCAGAGGUCCAGUCUAAAAGGGGCGCCGCUUGAUGACUGAUUUGUAAUUCAAUAUGACUUCUUAAAGACCAGUGUAAUAACCAGUGUUUCGGCCUGCCAAUGGAAUGGAAUAAUUCUCUGUUUAAGCAUAAUCUGUUGGGCUGCAGUGGAGUAGGGUGAAACUGCCCCUAGAUGCUGAUCUUGGGUCAGUUUAGCAUUUCGCUGUUAAUGGUCAUAGGGAUAGUUUGGGAUUUUGGCAAUGAAGCCCUUUGUCUACUUCCCUAUAGUCAGAAACUCAUUCAUGGAUACGAUGUGUAUGUCUCUGCAUCCAGUAUGAAGGAAAGAUUGGGGGAGGGGAAGCUUAUCCUAGAUCUGUACCUAGGGGAAUCUUCACCCAGAUGUUCUGCGGUACUGGGGUAGGAGACAGUGUAAAUGCAAGGAAUGGAUGAACAUCCUUCAGCUUCUGUAGCCUGGUUGUGUAAUGUGGUUUUUCAACCCCAGUUAUUGGCGCCUCAUUAAGAGUGGUUCCAUAGAGGAACUAGAAAGAACUGUAUAUUAGUCAUAUCUUGAUCACUUGUCUAGCUUCAAUCUUGCAUGGUGUUUUAAUAAAAAAUAAAUUACAAAAA